AUGGACGUUCCCACAAUCCGAUUGUCCGACCCCUCUACUGCAGUCCCCUCGGAAUGCAGCGGUGAUCGUUGUAGAAGAUUUAACCGCCAGCUCGACAGCAGCAUCUGCUCCAGCGCAAGCGGCUAUGGUUCAUCCUCGGAAUACGACCGAUGCCGGGCCUGCGGCUGGUGGCACAACCAUGCGGCCUACUACGGCACGAUCCGGCUUCAGGACGCCGUCAACGACCGUGGGGUGUGGUUCAUUGGGAGCGACAAGAUCCUCAAAGAACGCCCCGCCGACGACGGGCUGUGCACGCAAGGGGCCAUUUCGCAAGCGCUCGCCCUGGACCCCGCCAUCCCCGCCCCACGCGUCCUGCACGACUGGCGCGACGCCAAGAAGCAGUACUUCGUGCUGGAAGAGCGGGUGCCAGGGACCACGCUGGGACAGGUAUGGCCGACGCUGAUCCAGAGCGAGAAAACAGACAUCGCGAAGCAAGUCGCCGAGGUUCGCCAGCGGCUGCGUGCGCUGACCGCGCCGUCAAUCCAGUCGGCGGGCGGCGGGGCGUGCUAUCCGCCGUUCCCAUGCUAUGUGGGCUGUCGCGCCGAUGGACCCUGGCAUUCAGAUGCGGAACUGCAGGAGACACUCCGCGCGAGGCUGACGGAGGACACCCCCUGCGGCCUGCCGGAUAAGAUUGUCGACAACCUGCUGGCGAGGAUGCCCACGUGCGGGCCGUAUGUCCUUACACAUGGGGAUUUGCAUUUGACUAAUAUCAUGGUGCAGGAGGGGAAGCUGACGGGGAUCAUUGACUGGGAGUAUGCAGCUUACUACCCCGUGUGGCUCGAGUAUGUCCUCGUCAGUAGCCAGAGUAACUGUCCCGAUGAUGCGGAGUGGAAGGCGCUGCUUCGGGAAGAGCUUGAUGCUCACGGCGAUGGGUAUCCUGAUGCGGUGCGGUUCUGGGAUGAUGUGUCCGCCCUGAAGGGGUAUCCGUAUCUGGAUGGCCUGGGCCAGAGGCUGUUGGAGAAGCUCUCGGUGGGUGAGUAG